UUUCUUCAGUUGCAGGUCUCGAUGAUAGUCCCGAGCCGAGCCUCGUCUUCCUCAAAGCCCUCCCUAUCUCCAAUGCCUCUCUCUUUCUUCUCAUCCAAGUAAACUCCAACUCUCUCUCUCUCUCUCUCUGAAGUGAACCCGACCCUUUUGGUUCUCAGCGACUUCGCUUCAUUUGUAAGCUCUUGCCAGCUUCCUCUACCAGAAACUUCCGAGAUAUGGGUCCUGAAACAUCAACCCCUUCGACCUCUGCAAUAGCUGCAGCUCCAUCUGCUCAAAAGACUAGCACCACUGCUUUGGCCCCUGGGUUCAGAUUCCACCCAACAGACGAAGAGUUGAUUAUAUAUUAUCUUAAACGCAAAAUGUGCGGUAAAUCAUUCCGCUUUGACGUGAUAGCUGACGUGGAUAUCUACAAAAUGGAGCCGUGGGACCUUGCAGGCAAGUCAAAGUUGAAGACUAGGGACCAAGAAUGGUACUUCUUUAGUGCACUGGACAGGAAGUAUGCUAAUGGGGCUAGAAUGAACCGAGCCACCAGCUCUGGUUAUUGGAAGGCAACUGGAAAUGAUCGUGCUGUUCAACACGACUCACGUGUUGUUGGUCUCAAAAAGACACUUGUUUUCCAUAGUGGGCGAGCUCCUGAAGGGAAGCGAACAAAUUGGGUCAUGCAUGAGUACAGGCUCGUGGAAGAUGAGUUGGAAAAAUGUGGUAGUUUCAAGGAUGCAUACGUUCUUUGUAGAAUAUUUCAUAAGGCUAAUUUAGGGCCACCGACUGGUCAUCGUUAUGCCCCUUUUGUUGAGGAGGAGUGGGAUGGCGAAGCAAAUGUGGUUCCAGGUGUAGACACCAGAGAAGAAGCUGUACCUCAGGGAAAUGGCAUGGUUCAGGAAAUGCCACCCCGCAUGCCUCCUGUUUGCCGUAAUGAACUUCCCACUAAGACCCAGUGCCUUCUGGCUGUUUGCAAGAGUGAAACAAUGGGUGAGACUUUAGAUGAUCCCUCUGCAAUAUGUCCAACUAACAGGGAUACCGCACCACUUCUUCAUUACAAACGACGGAGAGAUAUUGAUUUGAACUCAAUUGAUUCAACGGGUUCAGAAAAUUCGCCCAAGAAAACUGAAGGUCCUUCUUCAUCUACCAUCACAACAGCAAGGUCGGCUAUGAAUUUGACAUGUGGUUUAUCGACAUUGGUGGAGUAUUCUUUGAUGGAAUCACUUGAUAUAAAAGAAGGACCUCGUAUUCCUCUCUCGACUUUUGCCCCCGCCAAUCUCAAUGCAACCGUCCCUCCUGAAUGCUUGGACUUCAUUCACAGUUUACAAGAGGAGAUUUAUAAGGUGUCCAUUGAGAGGGAAACAUUAAGGCUUGAAAUGUUAAGCACCCGCUCGAUGGCUAAUGUUCUUCAAUCCAAAGUCGAUCAUCUGACAAAGGAGAAUGAGGAGCUGAAGCGCAAGGUUCAAGAUGCUUAGUUGCUGUUUGAUGGCUUUGAUGUUGUAGCUUUGCCUUUUCACCUUCUUUUCGUUCUUCCUUAUUGUUGUACUGUUGCCUAUCAGUGGCUUUCAGAAGUCAAGUUGUUCGAUGUGCUGUGUAAGUUACUGUAGUUGUAGUGUUUCUGCCUAUCCGUGGUUCUUGUCUGUCUAAAACUUAAAAGUACUUUGAACCAGAUGGACAGUAAUCUGGGCCUAUUACCCCUUCUAUUAUGUUAAGUUGGGAAGCAGCAUCUGAUUGAUCUCUUGAGCAA